AUGCCACUCCUCAAUGAAGUGAUGAAAGAGGCCUUGCGCCUGGUUGAAGAAUGCCCAGUCAUUGCCACGGCUACACACGAAGAUUUGAUUUAUCAAACUUGCUCUCAUCCACCAAAGUUAGACGUGAAGGAUGCGGGAGAAGGAAUUUGGUUCGGUGUAAAUAAAAGACUCGAAGGCCUGAUUGGUUCUGAAAAUGGUCACGAAUACAUCCGAAAAGGAUCUGACGGCUUAGCUUUGCUCAUCGACUGGAUCAAUAAGGCUCGUGAGCACCCCACCUGGGAUUCACCAGAGGACACGAAACGAAAAACUCAAAAGCAAGGCGAGUGCGACUCAGGAUCCGACUUGAUGAUUAAGUUCAAGUUUGAGAGGCUUUGUAAGAAGGUUGAAGCACUAGGAAAAUCUCUUCCGACUGAUCCUCAUUCUGAUCAAUCUGUAACAAACCGUGCCAGUGGAGUUAAGCGCCGAAUAGUAUCGAACCCUACCCCUGAUCCCGAUGUUGCAGUAUCUGAUGUACCUAAACCUCCUGCAAAACGACACCACCAAAUAGCUAGUGUAUCUACUACAAUCUCGAUCUCUUCUGAUGAUGAGCAAAAUAAAAAUGAAGUCAUAUUUGUUUCAAGUAAUCUUAGUCAAAAAUCGAAAAAAAAGGAAAAAUCCAAGAAAGCAGAUGUUCUUUCUCUAUGUCCUCUUUCUGAACCAAACAACCCUUGUAUACGUUGUAAGGUUGAGAAGCACCCAAAGGGCAAGAUUUUUAGCUGCCACUGCGGUGCAGCACGAGUCACUCUUCAUGAAGGACGAGUUGAAGGUGCACAAAUGCACUGGAAAAGUAGUGCGUGUAAAACUGCAACAUCUGGAUUAAGAACCAACACACUCUUGAGCUCGUACUUUUUCCACGACCCGGAUCGCCAGCCUGUCAACUCGAAUAUAAUCGAGGCUGUUUGUCCAGGUCUUACUGACAAAACCUGGCCUAGACCUCGUUCCGAUUGUACGAUUGCGGACUUCAUGAACAGCACCUGUAGUAUGUAUCGUGGUAUUGACCGGAAUGCGCUUCGUAAAGAACUCUUUGGACCCAAUUCUACCGAGACGAAUCUCUCUCAAUCGCAAAAAGCUCAACUUAUGGCAACAUUGGACGCACGCUGCACUUGGGUGAUCAAGCGAAACGGUGAACGCAAUGCUAUACACGCAAAGAAUUGCAUGAACAUAGUCAAACGCCACAAAAAAGAUCCCGAAUCGCCCUGUGAUGCAUGCCUGGAGGCAAAAAACCACCACAGCUUGCCUCGAGCUCUCAGCCACAAGUUUGCUAUAGGUGAAAGCAGUAAAUUCACACCCAAUUAUCGGCUAGAAGAUGAUAAAUACCAAGCUUUGGUGCGAAAGCAUAAAGGGCUCAAACCUCUCAGCAAGUCUCUUGAAUCUUCGCGAAAUGGCGACUUUGGCGACUUCCUCGAUCUUUUAUCACAUCAGGCCAAAAAAGGGCUCUUCAAGAACCGCGAAGCAGUUAGAGGAUUGAUCAUGGGAUGUGCUAUACGAGCCGAGCGCGAGGAGUCCGGGAAGUCUCUCCGAGGGAUGCGAAUCGAUGCUCAUCUUGAUGAUUGCCUCACAACUCUAGGAGCAAUGAGCAAGAGCGCACUCAAGCUGGUCACCAAGAACUUUGUUGGGAAGACACUAAGAUGUCAACGUCUGGAUCGAGCUAAGAGUAAGACUGAGAUCGAAGAUGGAAUGACUCAAGGAAACUUCGAUCGAGCGGGUGCAAUCCUUGCUGAGCUUGGAUAUUCAGGACCGGUAGCUGUUGGCUCAGAUCAGACAGUCUGUGUACAAACUCUACGACAUCAUCGUGGUUUUGUUGUUGGAGCCCAGGGAGGUGAUAUACCCUUCACUAACCCUCACGAGCUUCAGGGAUUGCUGGAUAAAAUCAAGAAGGAGAACAGUUUAUGUUCAAAAAUUCGAAUUUACACGAUCCAGGUUCCUCUUCCAAAUAUCCCCACUCUAGUUGUUGCUCUGUUAGCUAGUCCGUCCGACGAAAGAGGGGAUGAAAUAGCCAAACUCCAUGAAACAGUCAUCAAGAUGAGUUCAGCUGCGGGAAUCAACGUCUUGUCAAUUGGUGCGGAUGGAGCUGCAAGUGAACUGGCUGCGCAGGUCAAAUUAAAUCAGAUGUCAACUCGAUUUCUAACGUACUCAAACAACGAUCUCGAUGUUCACAUAAAAGUCCCGCUCUUUGGAAAUCCACCCCGUCCUGUUGUGACCUUACAGGACCCAAAGCACGCUAGGAAAACAGGAGCUAACCAAUUACUAUCAGGAUCGCGUUUGAUUACCAUGGGGAAAUAUGCUGUCUCUCUACAAGACCUUGCUCAGGUUCUACAGACGUCAAACAGCCCACUGCUUGCUAAAGAUGUGUUUGACUGCGAUAAGCAAGACGAUGGCCGCGCCAUGAGGACCUUCAGCUCACGAACAGUGGCUACUACGCUAGCUCGACCGGAUUGUUGUGCGAAUUCGGGCUGUUUGGACGGCGGGGUUUUUCCUACGGAUGUGGAAAGCUCACCUUCUCAAGCGACAGCAAGAAACAAACGCUUCAAGAUAUUUUCGACUCUGGCUGAGUCUCUAUUGGCAUUGAUCAUAUCGCAUCGGGAUUACUAUGCUGAGUUCCCUUUCUGUCCAUGGAAACAUGGAACAGAAGCCUGCGAACAUAUCUUUGGGUGGAUGAGAGUCAUCUCUCCCAACUUUAGUGUUCUCGAUGCUCGACUCAUGAUGCCAAAGAUCAUUGCAGUGGUAAAGAGUAUCAUGAGUGGUAGAAUGAAAAUACCCCCAUCGGAACACCUGCAUGCAGGAUACCAGAUUGAUUUACAUGAAGAGAAUCCAAACAACCUCGAUCACCUGCGCGAUUAUCCCACGAACAAAGAAAUAGCAGAAGACCUCAAGAUUGCUAAACAACGUGCUCUUAGUUUAGCAGACUUUUGCUCAAUGGUCACAAUUGAGAUCACCUUGGAUGACGAUAUUGAAGAGAUUGUCAACUCGGCUGCAGAGAAAGUCCAAGCACAAACUUCAGAUGUCUCGACUAGCACUGCUAAAGACUUUGAAAUCAACUAUCGAUGUGAUGUUGGUCAAUUUCCCGAGAACGAGGCUUUUGAAGCCGCAGCUAUGUUGACAAAGGAGCAAAACAGACUCAAUCUCUUGCUUGAUCAAACACCGGAUACUCUUGAUGGCGACGUGAUUCAAAAUGCAGCAAUGUCUAUCUCUAACCUGCUCAACUCCAGUGCCUGA